AUGGAUGGCGUCCAACACCUUGCAAUGGCCAACGACCAUAACGAUGCUACUUACAAUGUAAACUCCAAGGUGUACAGAUGGCAUGAUGCCAGCGAGUCCUUCGUGGAGCUGCAAAGCAUCCCCACGAAUGGAGCCCAGGCUUGGGCGGCCUUCUCAAUGGAUGGCGUCCAACACCUUGCAGUGGCCAACAACUAUAACGAUGCUACUUACAAUGUGAACUCCAAGGUGUACAGAUGGCAUGAUGCCAGCGAGUCCUUCGUGGAGCUGCAAAGCAUCCCCACGAAAGGAGCCCAGGCUUGGGCGGCCUUCUCAAUGGACGGUGUCCAACACCUUGCAGUGGCCAACUACCAUAACGAUGCUACUUACAAUGUAAACUCCACGGUGUACAGAUGGCAUAAUGCCAGCGAGUCCUUUGUGGAGCUGCAAAGCAUCUCCACGAAUGGAGCCUACGCUUGGGCGGCCUUCUCAAUGGAUGGCGUCCAACACCUUGCAGUGGCCAACCACUAUAACUCUCGUACUUACAAUCUAAACUCCAAGGUGUACAGAUGGCAUGAUGCCAGCGAGUCCUUCGUGGAGCUGCAAAGCAUCCCCACGAAAGGAGCCAAGGCUUGGGCGGCCUUCUCAAUGGAUGGCGUCCAACACCUUGCAGUGGCCAACCACUAUAACGAUGCUACUUACAAUGUAAACUCCAAGGUGUACAGAUGGCAUGAUGCCAGCGAGUCCUUCAUGGAGCUGCAAAGCAUCCCCACGAAUGGUGCACAGAUGGAUCACCACCACCACCACGACGACCCGCACGGUCACAUCUACCUUUAUGGAGCCUCCCUCGACGUCUGGUUUGCAUUCGCUGAUGUCGGAGCUUGGUCCUUGGUUGCGUUCGGCGGCUAUUUGGCAGUCUUGUCACUGCUGGUCCUCAUGGCCAAGUUGUGGACAAAGGCAG